AUGAAUCAGCAAUUUUCAGUCCUAGUAUUAUUUUUUUCCAUUUUGAUUUUGGCUGAAAAUUCAACUACAGUAUUAAAUAAUGUGUUACAAAGUAAGCCGAUGAAUAUCCAAAACAAUCAUUCGAUAAUCAAGAUGAAAACAACGUUUUUGAACAAAAAAUUUAUCAACUUUAACAGAACCAAGAAUUUGAAUGUACUCAAUUUCACGAGAAACAAUAUCGUACCUGUUACGUCUUAUGUAAUUUCUUCUCAAAUAAAUCGUUUUCCGAGACAAGUGUCAAAUAAGAAUUAUAAUGAAAAUACGGAAUAUAAACCAUAUAUUAAAAAAAUAUUAGAUUUAAAACCUGAUAACUAUGAAAAUAUGACGUAUGAUUAUUAUGAAAAUGGAAAAUAUAAUGAUAAUCAAAAGAAAAAAAUCAAUGGUCUAAUAGAUGAAUUAAAUUUACAUAGAGAAAUAGAACGAAAUUCUAGACCAAUAACAAGAAAUUUAAAAGAAUCACAAGACAGAAAAAGAUGUUCUAUGAAAAUUACACAAAAUGUAGGUCCUACAAAUCAUCAGGAAUCUCAAAAAUUAUUUUUAACAAAUAUCGAGGACGGAAUAAAACCAACUCUUAAAUGUAGGGAUUGUGAACUUUUAAAAUCAAAUAUAAAUCCCGGGGAACCUUCAAAUAAUUAUAAUAAUAAUCUAAAAUUAGAACAAAAAGACGAUGAUUACUUAAUUACAAUUUUAAAUCAAUUAAUUGACAAAAGAAAUAAAACAAAACAUGUUAAAUCUACUUCAAUUAAAGACCUACCUAUACAAACAAGUAUGGGUACAAAUAGUUCUUCUUCUGGAGAAAUGAUAGUUAAAUUUGAAAAAAUUAAACGAAAUCGUAUAAUAAAUAAACUUGAGCCUAGUCCUGAAAAUACUUAUGUUAAUGGAAAUUGGGUAAGAAAUAAAAUGAUAAAAAAUAAAGUGAAUGAUUUUAAACCAAUACAAAAUGAUCGCAGAAGUGGGUUUAAUGAUAAAAAUGAAUCAAUUUCAAAAGAUGACAUAAAACAAUUGAAUUUAAAAGAUUCCAAAAAACAAGUUAUUGAAACUGAUGACAACAUUUCUAAUAAGUUAAAAGACUUAUCAGUAGUUACUGUGCAUGAAAAUAAAUACAUUUCAACAACUCCACUUUCGGAAGAAAAUGAACGCCUUUUAUUCUCUAUAGAGACCAUUAGGCCUUUUGUUGUAUCAACUACACCAAAAGAUAAAUCAGAUUCUAGUAUGAUUAACGAUAAUAAUAAAUUACAAUUUACAACUAAAGAGUAUACAGAUCAAUCGAGUAAAGAAGACAAUAUUUCAAGUUACGAUGAGAGUAAUACAAGUCAAGACAAGCAAUUUGAACAAUCUAAAAAUAAUUUUAAAACAACGGCGGCAAUAUUUGAACCAACUGAAGAACCAAGAUCAGAUUCAAAUGAGACAUCAAAACUAAAAAACCUAGAUGGAAUCACAGAGUCUUAUGACAGUAAUCAAAACACAAAUUAUUCGGAUGCGGGUGACACGAUUGUAGACGAAAAACAAAAUAAUUCUUUGGAUGAUAAUUUGAAAUGUAAUUGUAAUUGUAAUAAAAAAAUCAUCAAGAAUAUUUUAAGUUCAACAACAGUGACAAAUAUCACUGAAAUAAAAACUGAUAUGGAUACACCACCAUAUAAUUUAAAAAUGAAUAGUCACAAACGUUCAAGUCAAUUACUAAAAAAAAGUGGCGAAAUAAAUAGAUCUAAAAAUAAAAACAGUGAAGAAAAUUUAAUUAAAAAUAAAAUUAAUAUAAGCUCUGAUGACUUAGGGAAAAAACAAGUAAUAACAUCAGAAAGUACAAGUAGAGAAAAUCUAAAAGAAGCAAAUUUAAACUUGUUACAAGGAUCAACGUUAAAUACUCGUAUUGAUGAUAAUCAGUCACGAGGCACAAAAGACAGUAAACCAAACAAAAAUAAAAAAAUUGAUUCAAAAAAUUCUUCAUUUAGCUCUAUAAUUCCUGAAGUAAUGCUAAAGGGUCAAAGAAAAAUAAAUAACGAUAAAAACAACAAGGUUGAAGAAAUUAAUAAUAAAAGAAUGUUUUUAAACCAAAAGUUGCCACAGAUAAAUAAAAGUCAAUUUUCAAAAUUAAAACGUUUACCGCAAAACUAUGAAACUUCUGUAAAAAAUAAUAACAGGAAAAAUAAUAAUAUGGAUAAAAUAACAGACAAUAAUAAUAACAUUUUUACCAAGAGUUCUUCUCAAACUUUGGAUAAGAUUAUAAGUCGAACUCCACCUAAAACUAUAUCAGAAAUAUCAAGUAAAAAAAUAGAAAAUAUUACAAAAAAGAGACCAGGACAUCUCAUUGAAAAAAUGAAACUUAAUUUUCCAAUAAACUCAAAAAUAUAUACAACAAGUAAUGUUGGUGAUUACUACAAAACUAAUUAUAUGACAACAACUGAAAAAAUAUUUGCUUCUCCGAGGAUUUUGUCACAAGUACCAAUAAAAGAUAUUAACCAGCAUUUCCCUCAAACAACACCGAGAAAUCUAGAAAAACUUUUAGACAAUUAUGACGACAAUAAAACAAAAAAUAUUCCAACAAAAUUGAUUACAGAAUCAGAUAAAUAUACUGUAUUUAAUCCGAAUACUCGUAUUAUUAAGAACCUAAAAGAAAGUAAUAUUAAUAAAGAAUUCAUUUCUCGAACAGAUGGUAUAAAUACUAAUAAUUUAGACCCUCUCCAAUUACAAAGAUCAUCGAACUUAGUCAAACCUAUUCAAAGCACUAAAAUUCAAAUGACACCCAAAAAUAAAAAUGGAAAUCUUUAUUCAACAAAAACCCCUACACUCAGUAAAAAUAAUAGCACUACAAUUAAUAAAAAUGUUUCAAAAACAAAGUUUUCCAAACCGGAUCUAUUGAUGCAAAAUCCGAUGAUAAUUAGUUCUUCAGAUACAACAAAGCAGAUGAAAAAUAACGAAAAUAUGCCAAUAUUAAAAACAAAUAAUGCAAAAACAGAACCAAGUUCUGUGCCAUUAUUUUCAGACAAAAUAGCUGAAUCCAAAUACAACCGUUUUGACAAGCCACUUACCUUACCUUUAAAAAAUAAAAAUAUUCUUAAUAAUCAAACUCCGGCAGAGCGAGUUUUUAUUAAAAAAACUGACACAAAACAAAAUUUAAAAUCAAAGUAUGACGCUGAUUCAAAUGUUAUGUCGAAAUCUUAUCCUCAAGAUAAAUCUCAAGUAAAAGACCUAUAUGAUCGUGAACAUGCACCUUACACAAAGGAAUAUCUAGAGCCAAUUUUAUUUCAUGGACCCACGGAAAAGGCUAUCGUUUCAAAUAAAAAUACUCAGUAUGUUAUUGAAUCCCCAAUCAGCGAACAAUCUUCAAAUAGAAAGCAAAAGCACAAUAUAUUAGGCGUACAAUUGUCGCAACCAGUGCUAAUCAACCGCCCAGAACAAGACGAGAACUAUGACGAUACUCUAAGAAACAAUAAAUUCGAAGUUAAUGACAAAAAACAAAAAAAUCGGCAUGAUUUGAAUACAUUAAACAAUGUUCCGAUUAAUAGCGAUACGUUGGACAACGAUAAAUAUGAUGCACAGAAUCCCAAUGACGAAUCUCCAAACCCGAAAAGGUUUGGAGUACUUUCGCAAGUGAAAAUAGCCGAUGGCGUAUUUAAGAUACCUUUGGUAAGCCAAACAAGUGUUGAUAAUAAUGGUUCCGAGUAUGUGUCUGAAAUUUUUAUACCAAUUGAAAAACCCGACGGUCGGCACUCGGCCAUAUCCCUUACAAAGUUAUUAACCGGUGACUUUAAAUUAUUAAAUGAGCCCGGAGUAGAAAAUCUUUCAGUUAUACAGCCUAUACCUGAAAUAGAUUCAACUUUGGGUUCAACGUGUACUACAACAAACUGUGAGAGUUCAGAUAUUACUGAUCAUUCGGUCAAUCCAAGUCCAUCAAAGAUUCUAGAAGCGAUUAAAGACAACAAAAAACUAUCUUCACCCAUACAUAUAAUUCAAAUAAUUAACAAUGGUCAGUGUUCGAACAAGCAUAACACUACUGAUACUGUAAAAAAAUCAGUACACGACGAGGAUGAACAUAAAUCUCAUAAAUUCCGAAAUGAAGGUAGAAGAUUAUCAUCUCUAAGAUUACAAAAUACGCCUAAUAUAAAUAGACAGAUAGAUCGAAAACUUGGAGACGCGUACAAUCAUUUUGAUUCAGAAAUUCUAGAUAGGUUUCUACAAGUUUACUCUCCACAUUUGGUUUGAUACUUUGAUAUUGUUAUAAUAUAAACUAUACAG